AUGUUGUUGCGUAGAGCAUUAAUGGAUUAUCGAGUUGGUCACACACUUUUUUGGUUGUUACGAGCGGAAUUAGCGCAUUUACUCGCUUUUGGAAAUGUCAAUCAACCAACAAAUAUCGGAUUAAAAAACUCAAUGGAAAGAAAUACUGGCCCACAACUUUCCCCAUUAUUUUUACGUUUUGCUUUAAUGUUUGAAGCUUAUUGCCGUGGGAAUAGUGCCCAUCUGGAUUCAAUGUGUAAACAAGUUGAGCUUAUCAGCACUUUAACUACUUUAAGUACUGGAAUAUGUGCAAAUAGUAAUCGAGAAGCUGCAAAUAAAAAGCUCCAAAUUGAAUUGAUGGCACGUAGAGAGCAAAUGCAACAUAUGGUGUCUCCAGUAAAUGCUACUUAUCGUUUGGGAGAGUUAAUUAUUGAGGAGUGCCGUGUUCUUGGGAGUGCAAAACAACCUCUUUUCCUUACCUGGAGAAAUCCUGAAAUUUUGGCAAGAUUAACUUCCCCUACUCAUCAAUUGAUUUUUAAAUGUGGAGAUGAUAUGAGACAAGAUAUGCUUUCUUUGCAUGUAAUGCGGAUUAUGGAUGCAAAAUGGAAAAGUCAAUUACAACAAGAUUAUUGCAUGACGUUAUAUGAAGUCCUUCCAAUGGGGAAAAAUAUUGGACUAAUACAUGUUGUCCCGGAUUGUCAAACUCUUUUUCAAAUUCAAUGUGAAACAAGAAAAACAGCAUCUCUAAAUAUGGAUAUUGCUCUCCUAAAUAAAUAUAUUUACAAGAAGUGUUGUUCUAGGGAUAGUAAAAAAUAUUUGGAAUGCGUAGAUCGCUUUACUAUGUCCCUUGCCGGUUAUUGUGUAGCUACCUACAUUCUUGGUAUUAAAGAUAGACAUCAAGACAAUAUAAUGCUUGCAAACGAUGGAAGGAUAUUCCACAUUGAUUUUGGACAUAUUUUGGGACAUACAAAAAGAAAAUUGGGAAUUAACCGUGAGAGAACAGAUUUUGUUUUGACUGAUCAUUUUCUUUAUGUAAUUUCUCGAGGAAAAACAAAUUUUAGACAAACAUAUGAAUACAAUAGUUUUCGUGAUGAAUGUACAAAAGGUUUUCUAUCAUUACACAGUCAAGCUCGUUUCUUCAUUGCAUUGUUUCGAAUGAUGUGUUGUAUGGGAUUGCCAGAACUUAGCCCUGUAAAUGUUGAUUUUCUUAAACAAACAUUAAUGUAUGAUAAAGAAAAACGUGAAGAAGCUAGGGCUGCUUUUGAACAAAUAUUUGAGGAUGUAGUUAAAGGAGAUUGGUCAAUACAUUUGAAUUGGUUUUUUCAUUCAGUUCGGCAUAUGUAACGGUUAUAUAUUCUUUCCAGAAUUUGCUUCCUUUUUUUAUUUUAACAAAUUUCUAUUUUCUGUAUAAUAAUUUGGUAGUAAGCUAUUAGUUUUUAGAAUUCUUUUAUGUAUAUUUUGUAAUGAUCAGUUUAAAUUAAUCCAGACCUUGAUUUUUUCCUUUAUUCACAGUCACGGUCAAAGCAUUUUUCGAGGUUCCUAGAUUUUCGGUUGAGAAACUGGUCAGGAAAUCAAAGUCAUUUUAUUAAAAAUAAUUGGUUUUCAUUAAUAAAA